AUGUCUCUGGGCCGCCUCCUUCGCCGGGCCUCCUCCAAAGCCUCGGACCUCUUGACCCUCACCCCCGGUGGUGGCGGUGGGCCCCCUUCCGUCCUGGAUGGGGAGAUCAUCUACUCCAAGAACAAUGUCUGUGUGCACCCGCCGGAAGGGUUGCAGGGGCUCGGGGAGCACCACCCAGGCUACCUGUGCUUGUACAUGGAGAAGGAUGAACUGCUGGGGGCCACCCUCAUCCUCGCAUGGGUCCCCAACUCCCGGAUCCAGAAGCAGGACGAGGAGGCGCUGCGUUACAUCACUCCCGAGAGCUCCCCUGUGCGCAAGGCACCCCGCCCUAGGGGCCGGCGUACCCAGAGCUCGGGGGCACCCCCCCCGCCGUCCCCCAUGGAGCCCAGGCCCACCCUAAUCCCCAGAGAUGAGGACAUCCUGGUGGUGGCCCAGAGCAUCCGAGACCCCGAGCGUGUCAGCCCUUCGCCCGAGGACGGGGAGAAGCUGGCCCUGGGCUUGGGGACAGACAGCUCCCUCCUGGCCUCUCAGCCGGCCCACAGCGACUCGGGAAUCUUGUCGGCGGUCAGUUCGCAGGACGGGAUGGAAGAGGUCCGGGAGCCGCGACCCGAGGCGGGCGAGGAGGAGGGCUCCUUGGAGCUGUCGGCCGAGGGUGUGAGCAGGGCCAGCUCCUUCGACUCGGACUCGGAGGCCUUCUCUUCACCCUUCUGCCUCUCGCCCAUCAGCGCCGCCCUCGCAGAGAGCACCAGCUCCGUGUUCCUGGAGAGCGAGAGCGGCUCCCCCUCCAGCGUGGACGCCCACCUGCAGUUCCCGGACAGCAGUGGCCUCCUGCAGCCCCCGCGCUGGGACGAGCCGCAGCGAGCCUGCGCCUUGGAGCAGAUCUGCGGUGUGUUCCGAGUGGACUUGGGUCACAUGCGCUCCCUCCGCCUCUUCUUCAGUGAUGAGGCCUGCACCAGCGGCCAGCUGGUCGUCGCCAGCCGGGAAAGCCAGUACAAGGUGUUCCACUUCCACCACGGUGGCCUGGAUAAGCUGCCCGACGUGCUUCAGCAAUGGAAAUACUGCACAGAGACGCACCUCAAAGACCAGCAGGUCGCCGACGAAAAGACGUGCAUGCAGUUCUCCAUUCGGCGUCCCAAACUGCCGUCUUCCGAGACGCACCCCGAGGAGAGCAUGUACCGACGGUUGGACGUCGCGGCCUGGCUCCGCCACCUGAACGCGCUGGGCCAGGUGGAGGAGGAGUACAAGCUCCGCAAGGCCAUUUUCUUCGGCGGCAUUGAUGUGUCAAUCCGGGGGGAGGUCUGGCCCUUCCUGCUGCGUUAUUACAGCCACGAGUCGACGUCGGAGGAGAGGGAGGCGCUGCGGGUGCAGAAGAGAAAGGAAUACGCCGAGAUCCAGCAGAAAAGGCUCUCCAUGACCCCUGAAGAGCACAGAGCGUUCUGGCGGAACGUGCAGUUCACCGUGGACAAGGAUGUGGUACGGACAGAUCGAAGCAACCGGUUCUUCCGAGGAGAAGGCAAUCCCAAUGUGGAGAGCAUGAGGUACCACCUNNNNAACUAUGCGGUAUACAACCCAGCCAUCGGCUACUCCCAGGGCAUGUCGGACCUGGUGGCACCCAUCCUGGCCGAGGUCCUGGACGAGUCAGACACCUUCUGGUGCUUUGUGGGUUUGAUGCAGAACACGAUCUUUGUCAGCUCUCCUCGGGAUGAGGAUAUGGAGAAACAGCUGUUGUACCUGCGGGAGCUGCUGCGGCUGACGCACCUGCGUUUCUACCAGCACCUGGUCUCACUGGGCGAGGACGGCCUGCAGAUGCUCUUCUGCCACCGCUGGCUGCUGCUGUGCUUCAAGCGGGAGUUUCCCGAGGCUGAGGCUCUGCGGAUCUGGGAGGCCUGCUGGGCCCACUACCAGACGGAUUAUUUCCACCUUUUCAUCUGUGUGGCCAUUGUGGCCAUCUACGGGGAUGAUGUCAUUGAGCAGCAGCUGGCCACCGACCAGAUGCUUCUGCACUUUGGAAACCUGGCCAUGCACAUGAAUGGGGAGCUUGUUCUCAGGAAGGCAAGGAGUUUGCUCUAUCAGUUUCGCCUCCUGCCGCGGAUCCCCUGCAGCCUGCAUGACCUGUGCAAGCUGUGUGGGACUGGCAUGUGGGACAGUGGUUACAUGCCCGCCGUGGAGUGCACAGGCCAGCACCCGGGGUCUGAGAGCUGCCCAUAUGGGGGCACUGUGGAGACGCCCUCGCCCAAGCCCCCCAGAGAAGGCAGGAGGGGCCCAAAGACGCCCCGGGAAGGCUUCGGUUUCCGCAGAUAG